AUGUUAAAGACCCGUUCACUUCUACGAAGCGAAAUUACAUAUAGUGCUGCAAAGGAUAACGACGCUAAUAUUCUCCACGAGCUAGGCUACCGAGACCAAAAGAUCCAAUUUUUCACCCAUCUUUACCGGAAUCGAGAGCUGAUCAAGUCGCUCGUUGCCCGUCAUCUCGGCCUUGGGUCUCAAGAUCUGUGUCAUGUUGUCGAUGUAGAGGACUGGAUACACGGAAGCUUUAAUGUUUGUAUUCGGGUUGAUAUUUUUGGCUCAACAGGAGUGGUCGGGAGGCAGGUCAUGAUUCGAUUUCCCCUGCCGUAUCGGAUUGGGGAGAAUUGUUGCCCGGGCAAUGCCGAUGAAAAAGUCCGUUGUGAAGUUGGAACCUACACAUGGCUUAAAGAAAAUUGCCCGACUGUCCCCAUCCCCCAUCUUUAUGGAUAUGGGCUUUCGAGCGGCAAAAUUUUCACCGAAUUCAACAGCCUGCCUUUCCUCUUUCGCAAUAUCCAGCGUCUGCGCCGACUUAUUUUAUGGACACUAGGAUAUCGAGUUCCAUCCUUCUACGCUGAGAAUCCCGGUAAAUCUGACAAUCCUCUCGGUGAACCUUACAUCAUCAUCGAAUAUGUCAGUCAAUCAAGUGGCAAUUUGCUUUCUGCAACCUGGGAGGAAGGGCGCUUCAACCAGACUCUGCGCUCGAACCUGUUCCGAGGCCUUUCUCGCAUUAUCCUCACUAUGGCACGGGUUCCACUGCCUAAGAUUGGAUCUUUUGCUAUUGAUGAUGACGGCUGUCUAAGAUUGAACAACCGGCCUCUUACCAUGGAAAUACAACAAUUGGAAAACGAAAGAAUUCCGGUGAACAUACACCGGGCCACGACACAUCUUGGUAUAGAAUCCUUUAUUCACGACACUCUUUCUCUACACGAAAGUCGCCUUCGCCAUCAGCCCAACGCACUCAACAGUCGUGAAGACGGACUCUAUCAAACGUCUGCACUAAUGGUCAUGAGAAGCAUUUGGCCUUGUAUUUUUAACCGGGAGCUUUUCCGGGGGCCAUUUCUUUUCAACCUCACAGAUCUCAACCAAAGUAAUAUCUUUGUUGACAGUAAUUGGAAUAUUGUACGGCUAAUAGACCUUGAAUGGGCUUGUUCUCACCCUGCUGAGAUGAUACAUCCUCCAUAUUGGUUAACAAACCAAGCCAUCGACUUGAUCGACUCGAGUGAAUAUGAGGCCCUCCACACCGAAUUCAUGAACACCUUUGCGGAGGAACAGAGGAGUUCCGACCCUUUUCAUCUGUACCCGACAAUGAAGAAAGGACUUGAGAAUGGCACAUUCUGGUAUUCUCUUGCUCUUACGAGUCCUUCGGCCUUUUCCACAAUUUUUUAUGACCACAUUCAGCCCAAGUUUACAAAUGGUCAUGGUAUUCCCGAGUUUUGGAGCAUCACGAUGCCAUAUUGUUUCUUAAAUACAGCCGCCUUGAUUGAACAAAAGGUCAAAGACAAAGAAAGAUACGAUGCUUCUCUACAAGAAGCAUUUCGAUGCUAG